GGUAAAGGUGCACGGGCCAAUGACGAUAACAUACAUACAUUGCAUGCACCUGCUCGCUUCAGUUAUCAGUUAGCCUCACAUGAGAUGCUGGGCCUUUGUGGUUAGUGCCAUGUGGCGGGCGUCUUUUACUAUCACGUGUUUGACGGGAAAGUACUUUACAUACAUCCAAAUUCAACCAACAACAUUUCACAAAACAGCAUUGCACCAAAAAAGAGCAAAGAUGUCAGCCACCACAUCCUCACCACCGAAAAAGCCAAAAGGCAUCCUAAAGAAACCCUCUGCCACAUCUUCAGCAGCAAAAGCCAAAGCUUCACCAACAGCAACACCAACCACCGUCCUCCCAAUUCCCAUCACCCCCUUCCCCGUCGAAGAAAGAGCCUCCUCUUCCUCUAUUACUACUACGACAACCACCGCUGCUGCCACCACCGCAACCCCCAGCGCCCGCGAGCUCGCGAUCCAACAAGCCCUCCUAAUCCAAUCGCAGCGAAUCUACGAGGACCAAAUCCAAGAAGCCACCAUCCAACUCUCUCACCUGCCCCUCUCCCGCCCCUCCUCCCCCUCCUCCCCCUCCCCCACCGACCUCACCACCUUCCGCACCCUGAUCCGCCUCUUCCAGCCCAGCGACUACGAAGACCUGAUCGCCGAGCGCAACACCCUCAAAAACUGCGGCUACGUCCUGUGCCCCAACCCACGGCGCAAGCUGGCGGGGACGGGCGAGUACAAGCUGCUGAACUUCGGGCGGCGGGACUUCAACAUCGUGCCCCGGAAGGAGCUCGAGCGCUGGUGCUCGCCCGAGUGCGCGCGCCGCGCCAUGUACAUCAAGGUGCAGCUGUGCGAGUGGGCCGCCGGCGCCGGCCCUGCUUCCUCGUCGAACCUUGAGAUCGAGCUGCUGGAUGAGCCGAGGGAGAACCAGCAGCAUAGCAAAGGCGGCAGCGACGACACCGACGAGACAGCGAGGCAGCGACUAGCACGGGAAUUGCGAAGCCUAGAGGCGGAAAAGGAGAAGAAGGCGACGCGCGACGCCAUAGACCUAGCGCUCGAGCGAGGCGACAAGCCGACGCAGACGAAACCACCGGUCAAGGUGACGAUCCGGGAGAAGGCUGCCACGGCAGCGGCGCAAGAGCCUUCCUUGGACAAGGACAACGACAACGAGGACCACCUGCUACUUGAUGGCUACAAGCCCAAAUGGGGCCAGGAGAUUAAGAAUAGUAGUAAAGAUAUCGUGGAGGCUGUUUCUAAACUUUCAAUGACAGAAUCAUGAAUAAUGGCGUAAGGAAAAAUUAAAAAGUCACUCUACUUGCAUACUCAUACUACGGCGUUUUAGUUAGGAUCAAAAAGAUACCCCUUGCAAUAAGCAAGCAAGACGGAAUAAGCAACUGGUUGAAGAAUAUGAUAGCUCAAUGAAAAAUUUACAGUUGCUAUCGGGAAACCUUCGUUGCUACUAUGUUGUAAAUUUGCAGCAUCGUCGUAGGAGAAACCGUGGAUGCAGUACCGAAAAUACUGCGCCCAAUGGUUCUAUGAGGAAGACAAUUCACGUAUGCACGCAUCAAGGUAGGAAGGGGAAAAUGGCAAUCAACCGUCAUCUCCAGCUUUCGCUAUCAAAUCAGGGACACCUAGUGUGGGAAGAUCUCGUCAAUUGCGGAUCUAGAAUGAACCUACUAUCGUCCGUAGUAGAGACGCCGUAUAGUCAUGAGACCGAUGCCAAUAGCCCUUAAAAUCAACCCAUAAACCAUCCACCCUCAUUCAUAAAUGCCGCGACGUCAUCUCCCGUAGUACUUUUUUGAUUUAUCGCGGGGCACGGUCACCGAAUCGUCGGGGUCGCUCGGCGGUCUGUUGUUGAGUAACAGGUACGACGUUGACAGGGACGUUCUCGAACUA